ACCUGGAAGGACGAUGUAGUAGUGAUAAUCGGGUGGGCUUGCCAAGAAAAGAGGAAAUUCAUGACUCCUCGAGAUCCGGUUAAGUCAUGGAUGAAAGUGUAAAUAUAAUGAAUUUCGAGGGGGCAAUUCAGCUACGAAGGAAGAAUCAAGGGGCCGAAAGUGAAAUUUGUCAAAAAUUCAAAAUGGUACUCGCACGCUAUUGGUCCAUUCUGAAAGCAGCGGAUCGCGGCUCAAAUCAUUUUCAGCCGUCUAUGAGAUAUCCAUUCAACGGCCAGUAUUCUUCUUCCGAGAACCUGUCGAGGCAUCAGCUCCUGGUCUGACCGCCCCGUCUCCCUAUAAGAACUUGCUUGAGUUUCCGACAUGAAAUCAAAUCGGAACCUAUCUAUCUUUCUAUCUAUCUAACUCCGAAUUACAAUUCAACCCUCAUUUGCUUGACCUAGUACUCGGUCAAACGUUUGUUGAUUACCUGCUGCAAUGGAUACUCCGACCAAGGUGAAGGGAGCCGGAGGCAGAAGGGGGGGUGGUCCGAAGAAGAAGCCGAUCUCUCGGUCUGUGAAGGCCGGCCUGCAGUUCCCAGUGGGAAGAAUUGGGAGGUACUUGAAGAAGGGGAGGUACUCGCAGCGUGUCGGAACCGGAGCUCCGGUCUACCUUGCCGCCGUGCUGGAGUAUUUGGCAGCUGAAGUUCUGGAGUUGGCGGGGAACGCAGCUAGGGACAACAAGAAGAACAGGAUUAUCCCCCGGCAUGUUCUGUUGGCGGUGAGGAACGAUGAGGAGCUCGGGAAGCUGCUCCAGGGUGUCACCAUUGCUCACGGUGGUGUCUUGCCCAACAUAAACCCGGUGCUCUUGCCGAAGAAGACGGAAAAGGCGACGAAGGAGCCCAAGUCUCCUUCCAUUUCAGGGCUGUCGUACGACACGAAUGAGACUGUCCUGAGGGAUGCUUUCCAGCAGUUUGGUGAUAUUAUAGAAGCUAAGGUUAUAUGUGAUCAUGUAAGCGGAAAAUCAAAAGGCUAUGGGUUCGUACGUUUCGGUUCUGAAACUACAGCUGCAGAAGCUCUGAAGGAAAUGGAUGGUCGAUUAUUGGAAGGGAGGAACAUUCGCGUGCAGUACGCGCAGAAGCAGAAUGGUCGACACCAAUGAGGAGCUUAGACAUCACGUGAUUCCAACGUUGAGGGGUUACUUUAACGUUGUCAUGCCAGUUUAUUGCCUGCAGACUGCAUUAAGAAAGUUCACUUUGGAGGCUUUGUGAGGAUCAAUCAAGUUAUUGUAACUCGAAAGAACGAGUAUUCUUCAAAUACUUACUGGUAAUGCAAUUGGAUUUCAUGUCUC